ACUUUCAAACAUAGUAGAGACACGGAGAGACGAAUUGUCGGACGGCCUCGCUGACUGAGUGAAAUCAACUGCUGAACCGCAAAAUCCAAACAAGAGCUGUUGUCUUUUGGAAAAAAAAGAAAGUGGACAAAAGAGGCAGAGUCACUGUGGAUUUUUUUUUCUUCAGAGGGAAUAUUCUACACCACAACUUGUUUGUUUUUGUCUUUCCCUCUUUCCCCCUCUCCCCUCAGAUCUAAAUGCUUUAUUUUAGGAUUUGUGCACAAAAUUCAUCAAAUUCCUAUUUUUAUUCUUCAAUUUUUUGCCAUCUGAAACAUUUUGAAAUUUUCAAACAAACGAAAGCAGAAAUUUGCUGGACAUAAAGUUAGGGCUGCAAUAGGAUGAAUUUAACUGAGCCUAACCUGCCUAGAGAGACUUCUCUGCAUCCCAGCCAAAUGUCAUUUGGAGGACGCUGGACAUCAGAGACCCCAAGUCCUGCUUCAGAUCUUGAAAUGGAAUUUGAAGAGAGCCUCUCGGCAGACUGCAGCUCUCCCGAUGCCCCUGGAGAGGUGCGGAGAUCCGAACCAAGGAUGACUCUGACAGCCAGUUCAAGGGGACAAAGCCCUGAUUUGACCCAGGGAGGAGGUGUGUCAGCUGGGGUUGGUGAUGAAAAAGCCUCAGGGGCCGAGCAGAGGAUCCGCAGACCGAUGAAUGCCUUCAUGGUUUGGGCUAAAGAUGAGAGAAAGCGACUGGCCCUGCAGAACCCUGACCUUCACAACGCUGUGCUCAGCAAAAUGCUUGGUCAGUCUUGGAAGGCCCUGAGCUCUACAGACAAGCGACCAUUUGUAGAAGAAGCUGAACGUCUCCGUGUUCAACAUCUCCAGGAUCACCCAAACUAUAAGUACAGACCACGGCGUAAAAAGACCACUAAGAAACUGAAGCGAGUUGAACCUGGGCUCUUGCUGCACAGCUUAGCUCAAGGUGGGGCCCCUGGCCUUGGGUUGGGUCCCGGCAUCGGUCCUUUGGCUGCUGAAACUGUAUCUGGUGCAUCUGCUUAUGUGCACCCGGCCCACACUUCCCACCACCAUCACUCACACCAGCUGCUGCCAUCUUUGGGGCACUUCAGAGACCUUUCCACCCCAGGACACGCAGAGCUGGAGAGUUACGGCUUACCCACCCCAGAGAUGUCUCCAUUGGAUGUUCUGGAAGAUGGAGCUGGGGAAUCUGUGUUUUUCCCCCAGCACAUGCAAGACGAGGCAGGGAUGGGGGGUUGGAGUGGUUACCACCGGCUUCACCAUCACAACCCACAUUACAGCCAGCACUAUAACAACCACAGUCACCAUAACUCCAUCAGUGUUAGUGCCAGUUUAAACAGCGGGUUGAAUGUGAGUCUUAGUCCAAGCAGAACUUCCAGACUUGAUUCUAGAAUAAGCUCUGCUGAAUCAAAUCUGACUUCAAGCAUUAGCUCUGUCAGCUCUAAGAUAACGCCUGCUCAUGCUUUCAAUCACCAAGUCACCUUAAGGACUCCUGUGAAAUGUCCCCCAACUUUAAAUGCUUCGUCACCUCCUGUAUCUUAUCCUCGUCCUUCCUUUAGCCUCCCUGAGCCAGUAAAAUGCCAGCAAACAACUCUAAGCACAGCUCCUGCUGGCUACCUGAACCAAAUGUAUGCUAGCUCUACCUCUAAUACUACACAUUUUACUCCCUCUCAUCUGGGACAGCUUUCCCCCCCUCCUGAAACUUCUUCCCCAUCCUGCUCAUCCUCCUGCAUCCUCCCCGCAUCCUCAUUUGGUCGUCCUGCACACUCAGACCACCCCAAUCUGGAGACGAGUGGCCAGAUUGGGUCUUCCUCUGCUGAGUUUUGGUCUGAGGUGGACAGGCAUGAAUUUGACCAGUAUGUCAAUAUGGGACGGAAUCGAGAGGAGUCCUAUGGACUUGUUGGAGGGUGUGGAGGUGGGUUAAAGGUUCUGGGUGGGUGUAAUAACACUGUUGGAGGCAGUAACAGUAUUGUUAGCAGUGUUAUCAAUAGGGAUGCCAGCAGUAUUAUGAGUGGUAAUGGUGGCUGUGAUGAUGGGAGCAGCCCUCUGAUAUCUGCUCUGUCUGACGCUAGCAGUGCUGUUUAUUACAGUGCCUGUAUAACUGGAUGAAUACAGGAUCUCAUAGCCUACAUAGCGUUUACUCUAAAUGUUUCUCUGUUGGAUUCAUCUAAAACAAUUUUGACAUUAUAGGGUUUAAUUUCUAUAUUAUUACCAUUAGUUUUUAUCUUUUUAAAUGUGAAAAAAAAUCUUGUUUGAGCUUGGGUUUUGGCCCUUUAUCAGACAGAAGGACAAAUUAUAUUAAAUAUUCUGACUUCUUUUUUUAUUUCGAGAUUAUUUAUAAAGUUUUCAUUGUAAAGACCGGAUCAGACAUCAAAGACAGAUAAUGCUGAAAGAUUUAAUCAACAUUAAAAGACUAUGUGCUGCAUACAAAGACUGUAUUUUUUCCUUGUUUGUUUUUUUUGUUUUUUGGUAGUCUAACUUUAGGCAGAAAACAGAAUCUGAUCAUUUAGAUGUUAUAUAUUCUGCAAUUAGACACACUAACGAUCAACAGCUGUUACAUCUCUCUAUAUCCUUGUGGUCAAAAUGUCGUUUACAAUCUGUCAUAAUUGGAAAAAAAAAAAAGAAAUAUUCAUAGAAAAAAAUAACAUUUGAAUCUGAAACCUCAUGCCUUUUGAGUGAAACACAGCUUUCUUAUCAACUUUGCUGUGAGUUCAAUCUUUUUAAGUAAAUUCCAGUGUCAUAAGGCUGGUAAUACUAGUAAUUAUUUGAUGACUAAUCCUACCAUGUCUAUUUCAAUAUACAUAUCCCCAGAAUGUAAGUUUAAAUUUCAGAGUUUUUCACAGCCCAACAUGUGAAAGGGUGAAAAAUCCACUCUGCAGGGGGGACUCUAUCCAGUCUCCUCAUAUGUCUUAGAAAUACUGUCAGAAAAGCCUGGCCACUAACCCAGAACAGACCGCUAAAGUCUCCCACAAACUUUCAGGAUGUUUUACAAGUCGGGGUGGGUUUUCUCUCCCCAUGUGAUCCAUCCCAUUCCCAUUUUAGGCUUAGUUCAUAUAAAAGUUUUGUGUCAAACGUUAAAUAAGAGGGUUUUGAAAAUGAAAACAUUUCUUUUUUUGUCCAUAAAUAGAUAUCUUGUGAUGAUGAUUUCAAGAAUUGCUUAUCUGAUGACAGAUCCUCUUAGAUUAUGUUUUAUGACCAAAAAACACAUUUCCAAAGUUAUGUGUGCAAAUGAUAAAAUCUCAGGAUCUAAAGUAAUUCAUAGCCUAUUUUGGUAACUUGUUUGAAUCCCUGCAAUCAGAUAUGGGCAUACUGUACAUCAAAUGUGUAUUUCUUUUAGAAAUUUUGGUUUUAUGUAGUCAUUACUGUAUAUAUUGAUUCAGUGCUUUUUGUGAAAGAGAUUUAAACUAUGAACUGUUCUCUUUGCACUGCAUUUAAUGUAACAGCUGUAUAGAAGAUAUAACACUUUUUUCAAUCUAAAAUGUUGAAAUAUGUUUUUGUAUAGAAGGAAAGUGAUUUUUCUUAUUUUUCUGAUAAGAGGGUUAUUUGACAUGAUUUUCCAGCUUUCUUGCUGGAAGUGUUUUUUUAUAUUUUGUGUUGGUGUGUUGGUGCUAGCUAGCCUUGUUUGGCUAACGGACAAAAACUGGAGUAAUGUUUGCAAACAUCUGCUUUAAUUUUCAACGUUAACUUUCAGUAUUCAAAAUUGUUCCAAAAAUCAACAAAUUUCAGCUGCCCUUUGAUCUUUUCUUAUGUUUAUUAUAAAACAAGUCAUGAGAAGUAUCACACUUAAGCUAGGCUAAUUGGUAACCUCACUCUAAGUUUGCAAUUAAGGAAAAUGUUUUCGAAAGAAAAUCAUACUCAAUUUAACUUUUUUUAUGUUUUUGUUUUAAUGACUCACUUUAAAUUGAAUAAUUUUCUAACCAUCGGAGUUGUUUAGAAUACACUGUAAAGUUAUAGAGGUUAAAACGUUGACUUUUGUCAAUUAAGAACCUACAGCAGAAGCUGCUUUAAUGUUCCCUCUGUUCUGCUGUAGAUUUUUUUUAUACAGGGAAAGGAAAACAAGAAGCCUCCCUUGAAAGAUUGAGCCUGCAUCUGUUGUGCAUUAGUCUUGACGACGCUGCUUGUUUCUUGUUCCUUAAAGUACAUGAAACAGUGGAACAAAAUCAAGAAUCUCUUACGGAGCCACCAGUCACAUUUUGCCAUAGUGUUCCUGGGGGUUUAGGACUGAGCAAGAGUAAUAACGUCUUUCAAUUUUACUUCAACGAGAUAGACUUACUGAGAAACAGGGGUUCAAGUGAACGAUUAAGAAUAAGUUUCUACAUCUGCAUUUGACAUUCUUCUCUGUUGACACUGAGCAGUUUUUUUUUUCACAAUUUAAUUUACUGUGACACAAAAAGACUUCAGAGAGAGACCAGCGUUUUUUGGAAUCAAGCAAUAACUUUAGGCCUUUUGGUAAUAAUUAUCUGAGAGAAUAAAGAAAACACCCAUGACUUUGGGAUUAAAUCAAAGGAAAUUUUCUCAGCAGUCAUAUAAGAAAUUAAAACCAGGGUUUUCCCAGAAGUGUCAAAGAGAUGCUUCUAAAUCUGCUUGACAGGGAUCAUUUUUAGAUUUUCUACAAAGAAAAAAUUGGUUUGUUUAUGUGUUUGAAAAGGGUGCUCUGGCUGUAAAUUGAUCUCUUCUGUUGUAUACAAUAAUUGUACCAAAUAAAGCC